GGGAAGGCAGAAAGUAGGUCAGGGACGGAGGUGCCUGUUUACCCGCGCCGGACUCACCGCCGCCGCCGCCGCGGGAUCCGAGUGGGGGCGCGGGCGCGGGCGCUCCCGGCGAGCCACGGUGGUGCUGGCUAGAGUGCAUGCUUUUGGAUCCAAGCUUAACUUUUCAAAUGUGGAAUGCUAGGCCUUCAUUGGUUUCUGGAAGAAGUUGACUGCCUGAAAGGAAGCGACAAAACAUGAAAAUUGCUUUGAGGUGACCAACAAGUCCAGUGGCCCCUUGCUUCUCCCAAGGUGGAUCUGGGGUUUAAGAACCGUAACUUCAGAUGAGGAAACUCGGGCCCAGAGAGUGGGAGUGACAGCCCCAGUCAGGUCACUUGGAGCUGGACCCCGACAGUGGGCAGCGCACGGCCACCUUCAACUGGGUUUGCAGUUGGAGUCCCUUGCAAGAGCCACCCUGGUCGUCCUCCACCUUAGAAGAGCACGUCGAAAUAAACGUGCCUCUGUGCCUCCUUGUACCUAUUCCAGACUCCAAUGGCCGAACAGAGAAUGGACAUUUCUUCAACUAUCAGCGACUUCAUGUCCCCAGGUGCCACCGACCUCCUCUCCAGCCCCCUGGGCACCGGUGGCAUGGAUUGCAACCGGAAACGCAAGGGCAGCUCCACGGACUACCAAGAAAGCAUGGACACAGACAAAGAUGACCCUCAUGGAAGGUUAGAAUACACAGAGCACCAAGGAAGGAUCAAAAAUGCGAGGGAAGCUCACAGCCAGAUUGAAAAGAGGCGUCGGGAUAAAAUGAACAGUUUUAUUGAUGAACUGGCUUCUUUGGUACCAACGUGCAAUGCGAUGUCCAGGAAAUUAGAUAAACUUACUGUGCUGAGGAUGGCUGUUCAGCACAUGAAAACAUUACGAGGUGCCACCAAUCCAUACACAGAAGCAAACUACAAACCGACUUUUCUAUCAGAUGAUGAAUUGAAACACCUUAUUCUCAGGGCAGCAGAUGGAUUUUUGUUUGUCGUAGGAUGUGACCGAGGGAAGAUCCUCUUUGUGUCAGAGUCUGUCUUCAAGAUCCUCAACUACAGCCAGAAUGAUCUGAUUGGUCAGAGUUUAUUUGACUACCUGCAUCCUAAAGAUAUCGCCAAAGUCAAGGAGCAGCUCUCCUCCUCUGACACUGCACCCCGGGAACGGCUCAUAGAUGCAAAAACUGGACUUCCAGUUAAAACAGAUAUAACCCCUGGGCCAUCUCGAUUAUGUUCUGGAGCACGGCGUUCUUUCUUCUGUAGGAUGAAGUGUAACAGGCCUUCCGUAAAGGUUGAAGACAAGGAUUUCCCCUCCACCUGCUCAAAGAAAAAAGCAGAUCGAAAAAGCUUCUGCACAAUCCACAGCACAGGCUAUUUGAAAAGUUGGCCGCCCACAAAAAUGGGGCUGGAUGAAGACAACGAACCAGACAACGAGGGGUGUAAUCUCAGCUGCCUUGUCGCCAUCGGACGACUGCACUCUCACAUGGUUCCACAACCGGCGAACGGGGAAAUCAGGGUGAAAUCUAUGGAAUACGUCUCUCGGCAUGCAAUAGAUGGGAAGUUUGUUUUUGUAGACCAGAGGGCAACAGCUGUUUUGGCAUAUUUACCACAAGAACUUCUAGGCACCUCAUGUUAUGAAUAUUUUCACCAAGAUGACAUAGGACAUCUCGCAGAAUGUCAUAGGCAAGUUUUACAGACAAGAGAAAAGAUUACAACUAAUUGCUAUAAGUUUAAAAUCAAAGAUGGUUCUUUCAUCACACUACGGAGUCGGUGGUUCAGUUUCAUGAACCCUUGGACCAAGGAAGUAGAAUACAUUGUCUCCACCAACACCGUUGUUUUAGCCAGCGUCCUGGAAGGUGGGGACCCAAGCUUCCCUCAGCCCACAGCAUCCCCCUGCAGCAUGGACAGCACGCUGCCCUCUGGAGAAGAUUCCUCUGUUGUAGGUGGCCCAAAGAGGACCCACCCCACUGUUCCAGGGAUUCCAGGGGGAACCAGGGCUGGGGCAGGAAAAAUAGGUCGAAUGAUUGCUGAGGAAAUCAUGGAAAUCCACAGGAUAAGAGGCUCAUCGCCUUCCAGCUGUGGCUCCAGCCCACUGAACAUCACAAGUACACCUCCCCCGGAUGCCUCUUCUCCAGGAGGCAAGAAGAUUUUAAAUGGAGGGACUCCAGACAUUCCUUCCAGCGGCCUACUCCCGGGGCAGGCUCAGGAGAACCCAGGUUAUCCAUAUUCUGAUAGCUCUUCUAUUCUUGGUGAGAACCCUCACAUAGGCAUAGAUAUGAUAGACAACGAUCAAGGCUCAAGCAGUCCCAGUAAUGAUGAAGCAGCAAUGGCUGUCAUAAUGAGCCUCUUGGAAGCAGAUGCUGGGCUCGGUGGUCCUGUUGACUUUAGCGACUUGCCAUGGCCGCUGUAAACACUACAUGUUGCUUUGGCGACAGCUACAGUAUCAAAGUGCAUUACUGAUGGAGUUAUACAGUCUGUGAAGCUUACGGGAUAAGGAGAGAACAGCUUUUAUGUACUGUCUUCAUAAAAGCCAUCUCAGAGCCAUUGAUACAAGUCAAUCUUACUAUGUGUAACUUCAGACAAAGUGGAACUAAGCCUGCUCCAGUGUUUCCUCAUCAUUGAUGAUUAUUGGGCUAGCUGUGGAUAGCUUGCAUUAAUUGUAUAUUUUGGAUUCUGUUUGUGUUGAAUUUUUUAAUCAUUGUGCACAGAAGCAUCAUUGGUAGCUUUUAUAUGCAGAUGGUCAUUUCAGAUGUAUGGUGUUUUUACACUACAAAGAAGUUCCCCAUGUGGAUAUUUCUUAUACUAAUUGUAUCAUAAAACUGUUUAUUCUUCCUUGUAAGAAUCCUUUACUAUAAAUAUGGGUUAAAGUAUAAUGUAUUAGUUAAAUAUUUUUAAUAAAUGUUUCCCUUGUUCUAUAAA